AUGGGGGGACCAGAUCAAGGGCCAGCUACCGAUGCCGCUGCCGACAAUCUCGCAAACCUGCACCUUGAUGAAGUCACCGGUGAGCACGUGUCUAAGUCGGAAUUGAAGAAACGACAGAAGCAUCGGGCUAAGGAAGCGGAAAGGGAGAAGAGGGCCGCUGCCGCAUCCCCCAAGCCAGAGAAGAAGGCCAGUGCUGAGGAAGAAGAGAGCAAUUUGACGCCUAACCAAUACUUCGAGAUCCGAAGUGGACGAGUGAAUAAACUCCGACAGACUAAAAGCCCCAACCCAUAUCCACAUAAGUUCCUGGUCACGGAUGAUGUACGAGAGGUCAUUAAGCAGUACGAGUCGCUGCAGAAGGGUGACCAGGUCAAGGACAAGGAACUGCGCAUCGCGGGACGGAUCUAUACCAAGCGGUCGGCCGGGGCCAAAUUGAUUUUCUACGAUAUUCGUGCUGAGGGCGUGAAGAUCCAAGUCGCAUGCCAAGCGCAGAAUGUGAAGGGAGACAUCCCCUUCGAGGACCAACAUGAACAUCUGAGAAGAGGAGACAUUGUGGGCAUUGUUGGCUUUCCAGGCCGCACUGCCCCGAAGAACCGCGCGGAUGGAGAGCUGUCGAUAUUCGCUACGGAAGUGGUGCUGCUCGCACCGUGUCUGCAUCAGAUCCCCUCGGAACAUUAUGGGCUUCGGGAUCAGGAGCAGCGCUAUAGACAACGGUAUCUGGAUUUGAUUAUGAACGACAGAUCGCGGAAUGUCUUCGUCACCCGGUCCAAGAUGAUUUCGUAUAUCCGCCGCUUUUUCGACGAGCGCGACUUCGUCGAGGUAGAGACUCCUAUGAUGAACACUAUUGCUGGCGGUGCCACUGCGAAGCCAUUUAUUACGCACCACAACGACCUCAACAUGGACAUGUUCCUGCGUGUCGCUCCGGAGCUUUAUCUCAAAAUGCUGAUUGUCGGUGGCUUGGAACGAGUUUACGAGUUGGGUCGUCAAUUCCGAAACGAGGGCAUCGAUCUCACUCAUAACCCGGAAUUCACCACUUGCGAGUUCUACUGGGCAUACGCUGAUGUCUACGAUAUCAUGAACGUGACCGAGGAACUUGUUUCUGGGCUCGUAAAGCAUAUCACUGGUGGCUAUGAAACUACAUUCCAUACCCAGACGGGCGAGGAAUUCAAGGUUAAUUGGAAGGCUCCAUGGAAGCGAAUUGAGAUGAUCCCUGCCCUUGAAGAAGCUACGGGCGAGAAGUUCCCUUCCGGUGAUCAGCUGCAUACCAUGGAGACAAACGAGUUCCUCAAGAAGCUCCUGAAGAAAGUCAAUAUCGAAUGCACGCCGCCAGAAACCAACGCCCGCAUGCUCGAUAAGCUUGUCGGAGAAUUCAUCGAAGAGACCUGCAUCAACCCGACAUUCAUCACCGGGCAUCCGCAGAUGAUGUCUCCGCUGGCCAAAUACCAUCGCGAUAACGUCGGGCUGUGUGAGCGCUUCGAAGCCUUCGUGUGCAAGAAGGAAAUCGUCAACGCGUACACAGAGUUGAACGACCCCUUUGACCAGCGUCUUCGAUUCGAAGAGCAAGCGUCCCAGAAGGCUCAGGGUGACGACGAGGCGCAGCUGAUCGAUGAGAACUUCUGCACGAGUUUGGAAUUCGGUCUCCCGCCCACUGGGGGCUGGGGCAUGGGCAUCGACAGACUUGUGAUGUUCUUGACUGAUAAUUAUAGUAUCAAGGAGGUGCUUGCGUUCCCGUUCAUGAAAGAGGAGAAGCAUGCAGGUGCGAAAGGGGAGAAGUUGGCGGCGGAGGUUGUUGGUGUUGAGCCGCUGCCUGUUGAGGGAAUUCGUAAGCCUUAA